CGCAGUUGGUCGCACAUUUGCCGCAGGACCGCAGAUGUCCAACACGUCGCGAAAUAGAGAUGUCAUCUGGAUCGAAAAACCAAGCGUCUACAUGCGUUACUAAUCAUGUUAUGAAUUGUUUACAUUCCCAACACAACUUCGCCGGGAAAUUUCAAUAUAGUUCACAGAAAUGCAGCUAAUAAUUUUAAUUUUCGCUACAUGUUUUCUCGUUGCUGUAUAUGGGAGACUGGAUGAUAAAUUCCACAACUAUGACAUUGUGAAGGAUGUCCAAGUACAUACAUUAUCAAAAAGAGAAGUUGCUGACAGUCUUCACACUAAACGUUUAAGUUUGACCGCAUUUGGACAGAACUUCACUUUGGAGUUAAAGCCCAGUCUUGACCUGUUCAGCCGUGACUUUUCAGUCACAAUCAUCCACAGUGACAAUUCUAAGGAGGUUCUCCGAGGGUUUGAUAAAAGCAAUUUCCUAUCAGGACAUGUUGUUGGUGAAACAAGAUCUCGGGCAGCAGUCCACAUUGAUGAGAAUGAUGUAGUUACAGGGGUUUUCACCUCAAACGGGGAGGAGUUUACACUGGAACCUCUGAUAAACCAUUUAGAGGAAGAGGAUGAAUUCCAUUCAGACUCCACCAUGAUAGCCUACAGACGAACAGACAUCAAAUCUGAUAGUGCACCACUGUGUGGAGCUGUCCAGCCCAACGUUACAGAGGACGAUUUCGAUGAAAUCAAGUUUGAGCAGUUUGAUGAAGACUCACACAGUAGAAAAAAGAGACAAACAACAGCUAAAAAGACAUGUAAGCUGAUGGCUGUAGCAGAUUAUAAAUUCUUUGCACAUAUGGGACGAGGCAGCAAAUAUUAUACGGCUAAUUAUAUUUCUGAAAUCAUCAAUAGAGUGAAUCAGAUUUACAAAUCAACUGGUUUCUCAUCUGGUUCCGGUUAUGGAUUUGAGUUGAAAGGCAUGGUAGUUCAUGAUGGACCAACUACAGUUACGACCGAUAAUUCAUAUUUGUAUAAUAGACAGAAAACAGACUGGGGAUCAACUGAACUGCUGCAGGCAUUUGGGAAAACCUCAGAAUAUGGCAUCGGCUACUGUUUGGCUCAUUUGUUUACAGCCGAACCAAUGCCAAGUAGUGUUUUGGGAUUAGCAUACAUUGCUAACUCAAGGGUUGGUACAGCUGGAGGGAUCUGCUCCCCAACUCGGUCUACUAAUGGAGUGACUUCCAUUUACAACAUUGGAUGGACUUCGUCAAAGAACGGGGCAGGAUCUACAGUCAGUUUCACACAACAGUCUCUUGUCACUGGUCAUGGACAUAGCUGGGGAAGUGAACAUGACCCCUCAGGCGACUGUUCUCCGGGAAGUAUUUUAGGGGACGGAAAAUAUCUAAUGUAUGCAUACUCUGUCACAGGAGAGGAUCCAAACAAUGAUGACUUCUCUAGCUGCAGCCGUAGUUCUAUAAAUGCUGUGUUAAAUAACAAAGCUGCCUCCUGUUUUGAAGUUGCUUCAGAGGAAAGUUUAUGUGGGAACAGUCGUAUUGACGCUGGUGAGGAGUGUGAUGAAGGGUUGCUAGGGAAACUUGGGGGUGGAGACUGUUGUACCACUACUUGCACAUUAAUUCCAGGGGCUCAGUGCAGCCCAGCUAAUUCUGCAUGUUGUGAACAAUGUCAGCUGGCAUCAGCCAAUUUUGUGUGCCAAGGUGAUAUUGACGGAUUAUGUCAAAAUGCUUCCAGAUGCAAUGGGGUUAGUUUUGACUGCCCUACAGCUCCAAACAAGCCUGACGGUACACAGUGUAUAGAAGGAGGAUUUUGUCAAACUGGUGUUUGUAUACCAUUCUGUGAAUACAUGUUGAAUACCAACUCCUGUGUCUGUGAUACUGUUGAAUCAUCAUGUAAGAGAUGUUGUCUAAUAGAUGGGCAGUGCCAAGUUGAAGGCUCGUAUCUCCUCCCUGAUGGAAGAUCAUGCAUACAAGGUUAUUGUGAGCAGGGUACCUGUGUCAAGGUGACAGUUGAUCUUGUUGAAAGAUUGUGGGAUCUGAUUGAUCAAAUCUCCAUUGAUUUGAUAGUUGAAGCCUUCAAAACCAAUAUGGUGGCAUGCGUAACAGGAUUUUCCUUGGUUCUGUAUAUCCCGAUCUGUAUCGUAGUUUGGUGUAUUGACAAGAAGAGGAAGAGAGAUUGGAAGAAAGAAAAUUCUGUACAUAUAAGAACUGAUCGUGGCCUUUCUCAUGAUGAAGAUAAACGUCCGAUUGAAGCCAAGCCAAGCAACAAACCGAAACCGUCAACCUUAGACGCAAGUGACCUGAUGAAUCACAAUUCAUACCAAAGACCCAAUAGCAGAGGGAAUCAGAUACAGCCACUUGGCCGCAAACCAACCAGUAGCCUGGCUUAAUCAUUUUUUAGCUUGCCUAAAUUUUUUUUAAAAAUCUACGCGGUAUUGUCAUCACUUGAUUGUCAGCGUUGGUUAAAAUUUUUGUUUAGAUCCGCCUUUUCUCAAAAACUAUAAAAGCUACAGCUUUGAAACUUUGCACACUUGUUUAUCAUCAUUAGGUCACUAUGUAGACCAAGAACCAUAACUCUAAUUUGCAUUUUGUCAAAAUUAUGGCCCUUUUUGUACUUAAAAAAUUUUAGUUUCUGGGAUAAAAAGUUUUAUUAGGUCCACUUUAGUUUCUGGGUUAAAAUUUUUGUUUAGGUCCACCUUUUCUCAAAAACCAUAAGAGCUACAGCUUUGAAACUUUGCACAUUUUGUUUAUCAUCAUUAGAUGACUUUGUAGGCCAAGAAUCAUAACUUUGAUAUGCAUUUUGUUAGAAUUACGGCCCUUUUUGAACUUAAAAAAUUUGAGUUUCUUGGUUAAAUUUUUUGUUUAGGUCCAACUUUUUCUCAAAAAAUAUAAGAGCUACAGCUUUAAAACUUUGCACACUUGUCUCUCAUCAUUAGAUGACUGCGUAGGCCAAAAACCAUAACUCUGAUAUGCAUUUUGUCAGAAUUAUGGCUCAUUUUGUACUUAGAAAUACUGAACUAUAACUCUUUUCUUACAUACUGUCCAGCACUUUCAGAUGAGUGAUGGCACCUGUAGGCAGUACUCUUGUUUAAGUAUUGUGAUAACAUGACUGUACAGGUAUUUUACCAUAUGCAUUGUGAUAACAUGACUGUACAGGUGUUUUACCAUAAGUAUUGUGAUAAUAUGACUGUAUAGGUAUUUUACCAUAAGUAUUGUGAUAACAUGACUACAGAUAUUUUACCAUAAAUAUUGUGAUAACAUGACUGUACAGGCAUUUUACCAUAUGCAUUGUGAUAACAUGACUGUACAGGUGUUUUACCAUAAGUAUUGUGAUAACAUGACUGUAUAGGUAUUUUACCAUAAGUAUUGUGAUAACAUGACUGUACAGGUAUUUUACCAUAAAUAUUGUGAUAACAUGACUGUACAGGCAUUUUACCAUAUGCAUUGUGAUAACAUGACUGUACAGGCAUUUUAUCUUAAGUAUUGUGAUAACAUGACUGUACAGGUGUUUUACCAUAAGUAUUGUGAUAAUAUGACUGUACAGGUAUUUUACCAUAUGUAUUGUGAUAACAUGACUGUACAGGUAUUUUACCAUAUGUAUUGUGAUAACAUGACUGUACAGGCAUUUUACCAUAUGCAUUGUGAUAACAUGACUGUACAGGCAUUUUAUCUUAAGUAUUGUGAUAACAUGACUGUACAGAUAUUUUACCAUAAAUAUUGUGAUAACAUGACUGUACAGAUAUUUUACCAUAAAUAUUGUGAUAACAUGACUAUACAGGUAUUUUAUUUGUAUGUGUGAUAACACAGCUGUAAAGGUAUUUUACCGUAUGUAUUGUGAUACCACUAUUACCAUGUAUCAUAUGUGACUUAUUUAUAUAUUUUUCAAAUUAUCUGUGAUAGAUUUAUAUCAAACUUCACAGUGUUUUUUUUUCACUGUACAUAUCAUAAUGCCUUAUAAGUUAUAACUAAUUUUUAUUAUUUUAGAAUAUUUUAUACAUUUUUGAGAAAGAAAAUAGUGUUGUUUUAUGGUAUAUUUGGCAGUAAAAAAAUCUAAAUUAUAAAAGUUUAAAGUGUUUAUGGGGGUGGGGGUGAGACACUGAUAAUAUUUUGUUUCUUUUUGGGGUAUAUUGGAUAAAUUGUCGCCAGUUCUUUAACUUUUUAUUAGCACAUAAGAAAUCUUUAUUAAUACUUUAUUGAGGUACGAGGUAUAACAGAUUUCAGGUAUUUGUAUUUCUUGCUUCAGUUUAAUAGAGGUUUACAAUUAUUGCCCAAUUUUUAAUUCAGGUCAUAUGAUAUUUUUUUAGUAGGGCAAAGAGCCAUUUUGUUGUGUUAGUGAGUGGGAGGUUAGAAAUGUUUUUAUAUUCAUCAAGGCAUUUAUAAAUUGUGUAUACAGACAAACUUUGUUCGCUCGAACUCAACGGGACAAGCAAAAUGUGUUAAGUUAUUGGUAGUUCGAGCCAUCGAGAAAUAUAUGUUAUAUAGAUAUUUUGCUGGGACUUGAUGGGGAGUUUGAGCGAAGGGUGAUAUGUACAAAUUACAGAGUUCGAGCAAACAAAGUUUGACUGCUGUAUUAGAAUUGGGGGGUAUAACAUGUGUUUGUAAAAGUUAUUUCUACUUUAUUAAGGCAUACCAGCUGUCCUGUACUCUAAUCGGGAUCAGGGUAAAGUGUAUGUUUGUUAAGUUUGUUUCAUACUAUAUUAGGGUAUAACAAGAGUUAUAUUUUUACCAUACUACUGAAUCUCAGAUUUACUCAUUCCACCUACUUAUAGGGCGUCUUUUGUUUGCGGAUGCUAAUUUUAUUAUAUAUCAUACACACUUAUUUUCAGUUGACAUCAGCUUUUUUUGCUAAAUCGAAAUUUAUAUAUGCAUAACUUUUCAUGCUAGUUACCGUAUUUGUUAUACAACAGGGUAUUAUUUUUUAAAUGUUUACUGCAAGUUAAGAGAAAUGAUAUUUUUAUGUGAAGUUCUGUCAUGCAGUAUUUUUUUGUUCAACGGAAAGUUAAGGCACUAUCCAAAGUUAAAAGAAAACUUUAAGCCAUUUAUACAUAAGAUAACAGAGGCUGAAUGAUUUGAUUAUCGGUAUUUAUAUCUUGGAGUCCAUAUUAGGGUGUUUUUUAAGUAUUAAUUUAAAAAAAAAAAUUUCAUUUCUCUCCAGAACUUUAUUGACUAUGAAAUGAUGAUUACCUGUUGGUACUCAAUUUAAAACCUUCAUUUAAUGUAUUGUAAAAAUGUUACAUAUAUCUUUACAUUACAGAUGUCAUAUUUACGUUACAUAUGACAUAUUUACAUAAAAACGUAACUUCUGUUUUACUUGUUUGCUUGUAUAUGUAUAAUGUGGAAAGAUGGGUAAAAUUAACUCUUUUAAAUAAUUGCUGGAAUUUUGUUAGUGCUGAUCUUUUUUGGUAAAGUAACAUAAUAAUAUUUUUGGUAAAGUUACAAAAUAGUAAUCUUUGGUCAAGUUAUAUAAUAAUUAUGUUUAUGUUAAUUGAAGUUCCGAGGGCUUUUUUUUUUUUAGCAAAUUGUACCUGUAAACUAAU